AUGUCUACAUCUCAGCUGGUUACGAUUGCAACUGUGUCGUUGUUUACAGGUUGCUGUCUUGGUGCAUUUUUAGCUCUACCGGUUCAUUCUGGCGGCUUGCAGACCCCUACUCUUUUCGGGCUUCAUCUUCCUAGUAAUGGCAAUUCAUCUACUCCUUCUUCGACGGAUUAUCUGUCUGAUGAGGAGCUCUCCGAGGAGACAAAACUCAAGGAUGGAAAAAGUCAGGAAGAGGAAGGGAAUGAUGAUGAAAGUCUUGUUGAGAUCAAUUCUUCUUCUUUGAACCAGGUGGGAGGUGAAGUCAGGAUGGCUUUAGUGGUGAGAACAGAUUUGGACAUGACAAAUGGUAAGGUGGCUGCACAGUGUGCACAUGCUGCAGUUACAUGUUACAAGAUGAUGUCAGAUUCUGGAUCGGAGGCCCGAAAUUUGCCCAUGCUAAAAAGGUGGUAUGGUGGAGGCCAGGCCAAAAUAACCCUCAAAUGUCAGAAUAAAGACCUGAUGGAUCUUCUCUUUGCCAAGGCAUUGAGUCUUAAUGUUAACGCAUACGUCGUUCAUGAUGCAGGAAGGACGCAGGUGGUGUCUGGGAGUGCUACCGUACUAGGAUUAGGACCUGCACCAAAAGCGGUGUUGGAUCAGAUUACCGGUAAGUUAAGGUUACUAUAA